GCAGCCCUCCCUGAGCCCUCCUCGCUGUCGGUAUCGAUGAAGUUGUCUCAAAGAUGGCGGACUUCCUGCCGUCCCGCUCCCUUUUAUCUGUAUGUUUUCCCAACUGUGUCCUCACAAGCGGGGAGGCAGAACAAUUGCGGAAGUCUAAAGAGAUAGAUAAGUGUAUUCAUCGAGAUAAGACUUAUGUAAAAAGGUUAGUCAAGAUUUUAUUACUUGGGGCAGGCGAGAGCGGCAAGUCUACUUUCCUGAAGCAGAUGCGCAUUAUCCACGGGCAGGACUUCGAUCAGAAGGCCAAAGAAGAGUUCAGAGCCACGGUGUUUAGUAAUGUUAUAAAAGGUAUACGAGUGUUGGUGGAUGCUCGACAGAAGCUACGCAUCCCAUGGGGCAACUCGUCUAACCAGCGGCACGGCGACACCAUGAUGGCGUUUGACACCCGGUCGCUGAUGGCCCACGGUCACGGCAUGGUUGAGCCCAAAGUCUUCCUGCACUACCUGCCAUCUAUCCGGGCCCUGUGGGCUGACCAGGGCAUCCAGAACGCAUACGACCGCCGCCGGGAGUUCCAGCUGGUGCUGAUGGAGGACCGGCAGACCAACCGGCUGAGCGAGUCGCUCAACAUCUUCGAGACCAUCGUCAACAACCGGGUGUUCAGCAACGUCUCCAUCAUCCUCUUCCUCAACAAGACGGACCUGCUGGAGGAGAAGGUGAAGCAGGUGUCCAUCAAAGACUACUUCCCUGAGUUCUCGGGCGAGCCCUCCAGCCUGGCAGAUGUCCAGCGCUUCCUGGUGGAGUGCUUUCGUAAAAAGCGCCGUGAGAACCAACAGAAGCCGCUGUACCACCACUUCACCACAGCCAUCAACACGGAGAACAUCCGGCUGGUGUUCCGCGACGUCAAGGACACCAUCCUGCACGACAACAUCAAGCUGCUGAUGCUGCAGUGAGGGGGGAGCGGGGGGGAGCAGGGAUAGGUGGAGGCAGAAGGAAAGCGGGUGUCCUGCAGGGAGCAGGCAGCCUCUCUCCACCCGUCCGUCUUCCCUCCCUGAUGUGAGCGGCUCCUCUCUCUAGAACUUUGACUGUGUAUUAAAGCCACCACUACUACAGCCAUUCCCCCCCACACUUCUCUGCCUUACUGAGCUGCUUCACUAAGACUUAUAACAGCCACCUUUGGCUCAGAGGCCCCCCCCCCUAGCCUUGAAACCACUGUAAAUGACCUCCAGCCCCCGUCCACAGUGAAUCUGCACCCUGUAUGAUGUGUCCUCACUAUGUGUUGCUUUAAUUCACCCCACACUCCUCUCUGUGCUGCUCUGACCACUGUUGCCGGGGGGGGUUAAUCACUGUUACUGAGAAGCUGUUACCAGGUGUUGCCUUCCUGUUCAGAACUUCCUUGGUUCCGUCUCCUGUUUUACAUCUGCGUUCCACUGGCGCUUGAUGAUGACAUCACUGUGGGGAUUUCCUUUUUGGGCAGUUGAACUAACACACACGCACACACACAGACAGAUAGGAAUAACCGUUCCAAAGUCCACUUAAUUCUAGUUUUUUCUAAUCAUUUGUUUCUUUUCUAAUAUAUGAAUAUACUGUUUGUACCUAUGUAUUUUUCUUUAACUUAUAUUUUAAAGGGGUUGACACCUUUUUUUUCUGAUGGACUCUGUUACAGCUAACUGGAUCCAUAUACCACUUGUAAAGUUAAACAGCGUGCUAUAAGGGGAGCUAGUGCAGCGGUGAUGGUGACACGUUGUAUUUUGCAGUUUCUCAGGGCACAUUGUUAACACCACCUGUCUGGUUUAAGCCAACCAGCACCCCCACUCGGUUCCACUAUUCUUCUGAAGCUGAACUCUGGCCAUCUCCAACCAGGACCACCCUUUAGCAGCAGGGGCUGCACUAACAUAGAAACUGAGUCAUUUUACCCUUUUAUCACGUGAGCUGUACCUACAUACAUUUAGAUAUUGAAACAUCUUGUGAUAUUUCCAUUCUGCCCAUAUCAGGAUUGAAUCGCAAUACUCAAACUAGCUGUUUUUAAGGGUUAAAGCAUGUGAUGCAACUCCCAACCAAAUGAGUGAGCGAGUAGCCCUGCACUGAGCGGUGUGGCACCAGAGGGCCUUUCUGUUUCUUCCUAUGCAAAUACCAUGAUCCAGAUACUUAGCACGUGAAUGAAGUCAAUUUCUUCUAUUGAACAUAUUUUUAUGGCAACCAUCUUGUGUGGAAAAAGAUCAUACCCAAAGUUCCCAAAGGAAAUUUGAAAGCUGUCGAUUAACAGUUUCCCUGUUGAUUUCGUCAGUGUCUGCGUCCCAGUGUCUGCGUCACAGUGUCUGCAUCAUGCGUCACAGUGUCUGCGUCACAGUGUCUGCAUCAUGCGUCACAGUGUCUGCGUCACAGUGUCUGCGUCACAGUGUCUGCAUCAUGCGUCACAGUGUCUGCGUCACAGUGUCUGCGUCCCAGUGUCUGCGUCACAGUGUCUGCGUCACAGUGUCUGCGUCACA